UAGAGAUGAAUUAUUGGUGAUCCGCAUAUUUUUGUUAGGGUUGAUUGAUCCGAAGAAACAGUAUUGGGGACCACCUGCCAUUGUUUUGUGAAUGAAUUAGUGGUGAGCUGCUAUGCUCUCUCUCACUCCUUAUCCCUUCUCUAUCCGCCAGAGGGAAAUACCCAUUGAUCUCAUCUCAUGCCCUGUUGCCGCGCCUGCUCCUCCUUCCCCAUCCGCGCCCACCGCCGCCCCUCCGGCAGCCCCGCCACGAGCCCACCCGCAAGCUUCCCGCACGGCCACCGCUGCCUGGUAUCAAUCAAACCAGUCGUCCGUCCUCCUUUCCUUCAAAUCAAGUCCAUUUCCACUCCCUGUCUACCCUCUCCCUCGUCUCUGGUGGGCGGUGGCCUCGCCUCCCUUUCCCCGUCGCCCUGAUGGCUCCCUCCGCAGCUCUCGCUCCGGUGGCCUUCCGCUCCGCCUUCUCGACUCCGCUCGCGUCGAACCCUACCCGUAAUAGAAUAAACAUAGAAGGCACUUUCUGUUUGCCGUGUUCCGCAAGGAAGAGAGCUAGUUAUAGAUCUUUCCGAGUGUACAGUUUAUUUGGAGGGAAGAAGGAUAAAGAUGAGAAUGGCGAUGAAGCGCCAUCGAAAGCAGGGAUUUUUGGAAACAUGCAAAAUCUCUAUGAAACUGUUAAGAAGGCCCAAAUGGUUGUCCAAGUUGAGGCUGUCCGGGUGCAGAAGGAGCUUGCAGCGUUACACUUUCUGGAAACCAGCAACCUAUUAGAGUUGAAAUCACAGAAGCUGCAAUGGAGUUGGGUGCUGAAAAACUUUCGGAGCUGGUCAAUGAUGCAUACAAGGAUGCGCAUCAACGGAGCGUCCAGGCCAUGAAAGAGAGGAUGUCUGACUUGGCACAGAGCUUAGGAAUGCCUGCGGGCCUUGGUGAUGGUCUCAAGUGAUGCUGCCUGCCAUUCGGGAAGCCUUUCUAAUAAUUUUUUUCCCUCAAUUUUGAAUACGAGCCGUGUGGGCACCUCUCGUAGUCACGUAGUAAGAAGUGUACUCGUGACCAGCUGUUUCGUUCAGCGUUAGCUGUGAUUUUGUUUUGUACAAGCAGAUAUAUUUGCACUAAAUCGUGGUAACGUCGUCCUAUGGAACUCGGAUAUCACAUGUGGUAUGCUAAUCUGCAAGAUAUAGGGGAUAUGCACCGAAACCAAUUUAAAUCGUGUGAUAAAUGAUGUACAUUGUGUGUGUAACAAAUUAAUGAAUUAUGUUUUUUUAUA